AUGGUCAUGCAAGCAAUUGUACUAUAUAAUACCGUCAGGCGUCGUAGUCGCCAACUCCCUAGAGCCCCACAUAGGAACUGGGAUUUUGAAAGAGAAAUGACACUUACACGGAUGUUUGGUAUGAGUGAUAGAAUUUUUCAUGAUCUAUUCAGAAUGAAGAUAGCUCCGUUUCAAAGCUUAUGUGCUCAUUUACGAACAUAUGGCUUGGUUGACAAUAGAUCUGUCAAAGUAGAGGAACAGGUGGCUAUAUUUCUCAACACCGUUGGACAUGACCACCGUAAUCGAAUUGGAAGUUUUAUGUUCUUUAGGUCUGGUCAAACAGUGAGUUACUAUUUCCAUAGAGUUUUACAGGCUUGCCUUGGAUUGUACAAAGAUGUUGUUAAUAAUGCCACUAUUCAUAACUCACCACACCAAAAGGAUAAGGUGAAGCCAUGGUUCCAAUAUUUUCAGUAUUCCGUUUAUAACCGGACUUUUUGGUUUUCAUAUCAAGAUUCUGUGGGGGCAAUCGACGGUACUCACAUUCCUGCAAAUGUCCCCAUAGAGGAACAAGCAAGGUAUCGCAAUAGGAAGCAAAUGAUAACUCAGAAUGUUUUGGUGGCUUGCACAUUUGAUAUGAAGUUCACGUAUGUGCUUGCCGGUUGGGAAGGAUCUGCCCAUGACGGUCGAUUAUUACAGAGCGCAACUUUAUGA